CCACAGUUGACACAUCGGGCCUGCUGCCCAUCCUAUCAGCAACCAUACUCAUUGUGCCCCGCUUAUCCCUACCCGGGGACCCAGUGGAGCGUCAAGCGGGGCCCGUCGAUCGCUUGGAGGUCGCCGUGCGCGUGAGAUGCAGUUGCAGUUGCAGGCUGGUGGGCAGCCUGAGCUGUGGAGUACAAAAUGCCAGAGUCUCACAGGACUUGUCCCUUGUCCCCACCCAACUGCGCCAGCCUCGUACAGCGAGUCUUCCGCCUCACACUCGCUCACCACUUGUUUCGCCACUUUUCAACAUCAUGAACGACCGCUCCUCCACCCCGGAGAAGAACGGCCACCAUGUCGAGCACAUGGCUGGUGCUGAGCACGCCCAUUUCGACCCCUCCAAGAGUAUCGAGGGCCACCACCAUCUCACCAGGAACAUCGACGAGGGCUUCGACCCGUUGGUUCUGAAGCGCAUUAUCCGCAAGGUUGACCUGCGUCUCAUUCCUAUUCUUUCCGCCAUGUACUGCAUCUCGCUCAUCGACCGCACCAACUUGUCGCUCGCCCGUGCUGCCAACAACAAGGCCAUGGACACCAGGCUCCAGCUCUCCAUUGGCGAUCGCUACACUAUGGCGACCGUCAUGUUUUUCCCGCCCUACAUUCUUCUCGAAAUGCCCUCCCAGAUCGGUCUGCGCAAGUUCGGCGCCCGCUGGUGGCUUGGCACUAGUGUCAUUCUUUGGGGUAUCGUUAUGAUCGGCAUGGGCUUUGUCACCACUUGGAACCAGCUCACCGCGGUCCGUGCUAUUCUCGGUGUUUUCGAGGCCACCCUCUUCCCCGGUGCGGCUUACCUCAUCGCCUGUUGGUACCCGCGCAAGGAGAUGGCUGUCCGCAAUGUCGCCUUCUACGUCAUCUCCAUUGUCGUUUCUGGUCUCUCCGCCACUCUCGCUUACGGCCUUUCCACGCUUCACUUGCGCAACGGUCUCGAGGGUUGGCAGUGGAUCUUCGUCAUUGAAGGCAUCAUCACCGUCGGCAUCGGUCUUCUCGGUUACCUGCUCAUCACCGACUUCCCCGACAAGGCCAAGUUCCUGACCGAUGAUGAGCGCGAUAUCAUUCAGCUCCGUAUCGAGCGUGACCGCGGAGACGCCGUCGCCGACACCCUCAACUGGAAGAAGUUCACCAAGUACAUCUGCGAGCCUCGUCUCUGGAUCUACGGCUACAUGUUCGGCUCGUCCACUGUCGGCUCGUACUCGCUCGCCUACUUCCUUCCUCAGAUUCUCGCCACCAUGGGCUUCACCAAUGUUCAGGCGCAGCUUCUCGUGGCUCCCCCAUACGUGUGGGCCGCGAUUCCCGCUCUUUCGUCCGCUUUCCUCGCAGACAAUGUCCGCAACUGCCGUUCUGUCGCCGUCGCAUUCAACGCCACUUGCGUCAUUGUCGGCACCGCCAUGUACUCGCAGCUGCCCCUCUCGCAGAAGGCUGCGCGCUACGCGGGCGUCUUCAUCGCUCUCGGCGGAUGCAACUCCAACGUCCCUCUCAUCCUAUCGUGGGCCCAGACCUCUAUCCGUUCGCAGUCCAAGCGUGGCUUCACCUCUGCCCUCAUUGUUGCUUGGGGCGGUAUCGGUGGUAUCAUCGCCUCGGUUGCCUUCAUCCAGAAGGAGGCUAAGGACGGCUACCCCACUGGUGUCUUCCUUACGAUCGGCAUGAACGCCGCUGUCGUCGCUUGCGCUGUUGGCCUCAACCUCUUCUACAACUGGCAGAACAAGCGCGCUGCACGUGGCGAGGUCAUCCUCGAGGGUGAGCCUGAGUUCCGCUACCAGGGUUAAGAGGUGAGGUGCAGGGAGCGUGUACGAGAGGAGAGGGAUCGUGGAACAAUAGUACGAGAUACGGGCAUGGGGAUAGUUGUUACAUUGUCGCGGAGUGUGGGAUAGCGGUA